AUAUUUAACUGGAGUGGACUCCUCGGCCCAAGGCUUUCGGCGUUUCAUUCGCAAUUCCAGAUUUAACCUUUCUCUGAACACACACAAAUCCCCAUCCCUAAACUCAACUCGGACAAAGUUCGAAGAGAAAGUUAUGAACCCAAAACUGAAACUGGCGUUAAGUUCAACAACCUUAGUAGCAUCCAUAUCCAUCCUCCUAUCUUACAACAUCUUGGCUCCGCCAGCGGUUCCUGGCUCCUACCACCUCCACAACGCUAAAACCAUCCGGCUCGACUCAGCAUUUGGGCCCGAGAGCCUUGCUUUCGACGCCAACGGAGAUGGCCCAUACUCUGGCGUUGCCGAUGGGCGGAUUCUUAAAUGGCAAGGAGAUGCUGUCGGCUGGACUGAUUUCGCCUUCACCUCUUCUCACAGGGAGGACUGUGUUCGUCCAUUCGCACCAGAGAUGGAGCAUAUCUGUGGAAGGCCAUUAGGACUACGAUUUGACAAAAAAACUGGGGAUCUUUACAUUGCGGAUGCCUACUUUGGCCUCCAAGUAGUAGGCCCUGCAGGAGGUUUGGCCACUCAACUCAUCACAGAAGCUGAGGGCCAACCCCUUUACUUUACCAAUGAUAUGGACAUUGAUGAGCUUGAUGAUGUCAUUUACUUUACGGAUACAAGUACAAGCUUCCGAAGAAGGCAAUUCUUGCCAUCAAUCUUCACUACAGACAAGACAGGCAGGUUACUGAAAUACAACAAAUCAAGCAAGGAAGUAACGGUUUUACUACGAGGCCUUGCUUUUGCCAAUGGUGUAGCAUUGAGCAAAGAUAGCUCAUUUGUACUUGUUGCAGAAACCACCACAUGCCGGAUUCUAAGGCUUUGGCUUCGUGGUCCUAAUGCUGGAAAUGUUGAAGUUUUCUCUGAGCUUCCAGGAUUUCCAGACAACAUUAGAAGAAAUAUGAAAGGGGAGUUUUGGGUAGCUUUGCAUGCAAAAAAGGGACUUGUUGCUAAGUUGGCUCUGUCAUAUUCGUUGUUUGGAAACACAGUUUUAAAGCUUCCGCUUAGUUUCAAGCAACUGCACUCACUGUUUAUAGGAGGGAAACCCCAUGCCAUUGCUGUAAAGUUGAGUGAAAAUGGAGAAAUUUUGGAAGUUUUGGAAGAUACCGAAGGAAAGACAAUGAGGUUUAUCAGCGAAGUGGAAGAGAAGGAUGGGAAGCUGUGGAUUGGAUCAGUAAUGAUGCCAUUUGUUGGCAUUCAUCAUCUUUAAUAAAGUUUCUCAUCAGUGGGGUUUGUAUCACUUGCUUUCAUUUAUAUGAAUUUAAGUAGAGUUGCCUGGCAAGUUGGAAAAAUGGUAGCCCUAGGAUUGGUGCGAACUUUUUUUUUUUUUUUGCGAAAUUAUUAAGUGUGGUGUACUUGAAAACAUGUGUGUAACAUUUAAUGGGGCGAUGUUGUUGGGGAAAAUGCACGCAAUCAUAUGGAAAUUUAAAAUA